UCCCCUCCGCACGGACCAUGGUGGAACCUCAUCGAGCCCUAUGUCACCCUAUCACCCGUCGAGCCGCCUGAGGAGGUGUACGGCCGACCAGUGAGACUGUACGCCCACAAGGCCGACGUGGUCCGGAUGCAGGUCAUGCUCCAGCUCGGAGGGGUGUACCUGGAUCAGGAUGCCUUCGUCCUACGAUCUUUCGAACGCGCGGGUAUCUUCACCCAGAGCACGGUGCUAGCGAUGGAGGCAGACCCGUAUGCAAAACAGUGGGAGUGGGAACCAGGGGGACUGUGUAACGCGAUUAUCGUUUCCCGCCCGGAAGCGCCCUUCCUCCAGCGAUGGUUCUCGACGUACAGCACGUUCAACGAGACCGGGCAUGAGUGGGCGGAACACAGCGUUGCGAUGCCCUGGGAAUUGGCGCUCACAUAUCCGCAAGAAGUGACAGUCCUGAAUUCCCGCGCCAUGUUCUACCCGCUUUGGAACAAAGACGACGUCAGAUUAGUGCAUGAGCCUUCGGCCCCUGGGCCAAAGGGCGGAGGAUGGGACUUCUACGAGAGCAGGCAGCUUGCAUAUCAUGCCUGGGAAAGCGUAUCUAUGCCGUACCUGGAGAAACUCACCCCGGCCAUCGUCGCUAAGGGAGCAAGCAGCUUUACGAGGAUGGUACAAGCGUUCAUGACCCCUGAAGACAUGCGAAUACAGGAGCAGAUCGUCCUUGCCGCCGAGAAGGACCAAUGA